AUGGCGGGAUUGUAUAUUUUAGGUUCUUUGAAAUCUAGCAGUCAUCAAAAUGGUGGAUCUGACUCCAUAGAACUUAGCCACAGAGAAAAAAGACAUUAUACAAGACAACAACAGUUAAGCCCAUCUUAUCAAUCUGAAAGAGACAUUGAUAGACCCAGAGAACGUGGAGUCAGAUCUGGUCAUUCGACAGAUAGAGCAAGAUCGUUGGAAGUAUCGGAUCGUGAAAGAGAAUCCAGAGACAACCAAUAUCCUUUUAUGCUAGAAGGAGUGAUGGGUCCAAGAGAAGGUGAUACCAACUGA